UUCUGUCUCCGCCCUGGAAAGGGGGAGCUGGAAAGGGUGGGGUGGUUGAUGGUGGUGUCUGUGGCUGGUCUCCCUCUCCCUGGGAAAUAGGGCAAGAUCUGAGGGCUUGCCCACGAAUGAGAGACGGGUGGCAGCAUGACGGCACAUAGGUGAGCGGGCUGCCUCCUCAGCCCCUCAUGCAUCUCCACCUAUGGAGAAAUCCUUAGGCUCUUCCCUCCCCUCUGCCUCACUUGGAUGAUGUGCCAGCCUCUGUCAGGGACUUUCUCCUCCGAUACCUAGGCACCAUACCCUCUGUCCUGCAUCUGGAGUCGGCCUCUUCAGUUGACUCUUAGCCCUGAGUGUCCAGGGCUGGCCAGCGUCUCUUUGGGUGACCCAUGGGGCCAGCCUGUGCUGGAACUGACCUAAAGAUACUUUAAAGAAAAAAAAAAACAAAGAAAAGGUCUAAACCAAUCCCCACAAGGACAUUCCUUCGCCCUUCAUGUACUUCAUCUUUACCCUGUCAAAAGUGACCCCAUCAGUGUUGGCUGCUGCUAAUGUUAAUGAGAAAGGUGGUCCCCACAGUCUGUCUGCGAAACCCAGGGCAAAGCCCCUGGCUUCACACAGUAGCUGAGAUCCAGGAUUUUUACAUAGGAGGUCACUUAGCUUCUAACGCUCGUUCUGCUCAUUCGUGAAAUAGAGAUAACUGACCUCUCCCCGGCUAAGUGAGCAUUUGUGAAUGAAAAGGGACUGGAACUCUUGUGUACCACCCCACGACACAUGUACAUUUGCCCCAGACUUUCUUACAACCUGCACUACACGGAGCAACCAGGAGGGGGCGAGACCUCUUCCCAAUUUGUAUCUGUACUCACAACACUCAGUCCCCAAUCCACUAAGAUCCUAGUUCUAUCCUUGUUUUCUCUAAACUGGAAUUACAGCCGCAUGUCACUGAGUCCAUUGCUCUCAUCCUGGUCCAGUGAGCAGACUGCGAGCUGCAAGCUUGCGCGCUGCAGAGCCUUCCUGCCCUCGCGUGCACCCACCUGCCCCAAUCAAUUGUCGAAGGCGCAUGCGCCUAACUCCUGUUUUGGAAAAUGGCGGCCAAGUUGGAGCCGCUGGAGGUCGCGGAGGAGGCUGAGGAGGGCAAGGGAUAUGCUGGGCAGAGCAAAUCUUUGAAGACUGAGGACUUGCUGGCAAUGGUGAAAAAGCUGCAGAAAGAGGGAAGCCUGGAGCCACAGAUAGAAGAUCUGAUUAACCGGAUUAAUGAGCUUCAGCACGCAAAGAAGAAAUCCAAUGAGGAAUUGGGAGAAACCCAAGCUCUCUGGGAGACGCUGCACAGGGAAUUGGACUCUUUGAAUGGAGAGAAACUACACCUAGACGAAGUCUUGAGAAAAAAGCAAGAAGCGCUGAGGAUCCUCCAGCUGCACUGCCAAAGGAAGGAAAGCCAGGCGCAGAGGUCACACAUGGAAGAACAGCUGGAGGAUCUGAUGGGCCAGCACAAGGACCUCUGGGAAUUCCAGGCCCCUUCUCUCCAGCAGGUGCUGGAGCGGCGACUGGCCUGGGAGAUCCGCGCGCUGCAGAGCAGCAAGGAGCAGCUGCUCACUGAAGAGAACUUAGCGAGAGCCAAGCUGGAGCGGGUGGAGCAGAGGCUGCGCUCCUCGCCUGCGGUCGAGGGCGCCCUGGCAGUGAACGAAGCCAGGCUGAAGGUGGAGCUGGAGAAACCCGGGGGGCAAGUCCCCACCCAGGCCCAGAGCCCCGAGGACGACUGGGCCCACGAAGGAGAGCCCGACCCGGAGUCCCUGUGCGCCCGCCACGAGGAGGACCUGGAGCCGCCGGUGGAGCUGGCCCUGUGGUCCCCCUAGACCAGGGGGACCCACCGAUCCCCAACUUCAAGGCCCGCCGAGAAAUAAAGGCAAUGAUUUUAGCCGGUCCUUCACCUCCCGGGCCU